ACAUCACUAUCAACUAGUACUAUUCAACCAUAGGUUUUUAAAUGUUCAUGUCUAUGAUGAUGUUCAUGCAGUCAACGCCCAUUGUACAACAUCCAUUAAUUCUCACUCACCAUACACAUACAUAAGUCAUAACCAUCCUCCUCACGUGCCGUUAACUCCUCCGUUAAUAAAAACACAUAACGCCGUUCCUUCCCACUUCACUUCUAUUAACCGCAAACAGUCCCACUAAAACCAACACACCACCAACUCUGUCUUUUCCUUCAUUCAAAUCUAUUAACAACUAUAUCAACAACACCACAUGAGAGAUUGAGAUUGAGAUUGAAAUUGUGCAUCUAAGAACAAGAAAAAAUGAAACUCUUUUACAUGUUCUUGAUGAAUCUCCUAUUGUUUAUUACUCUUGCAGAAUCAUCAUCUUCAUGCAACAUUGAAAACCAGAAUCUUAUAUCAAAGGCUUUCCAAUCUGUCUCUGGAUUCAACUCUUCAUUGUUCCAAACAAGAGGCUUAUUCAUCUGUUCUAAGGGUGAGAAUGAGAUUAACAUCAUAAACCUUCCAUCCAAAAACCUUACCGGAAACAUCUCAUGGAGAUACCUAAGAAACAUGACAGCCUUAGAGUUUCUCGAUCUCUCCGAAAAUCAUCUACAAGGCCAAGUCCCAAACUGGUUCUGGAAAACUACUUCAUCAAGUUUAUUAACAGUGAAUCUCUCCAAAAACAGAUUCGGUGGAAGCAUUGCAUUCCAAAUGAAACCCUUUUCAUCGUCACUACAAAAUCUCAAUCUCUCAAACAACAGAUUCACAAACCAGGUUCAUCUUUCGUCUUUUCAAAACCUUAAAAUCCUCGACCUUUCCAACAACAACCUCAACGCUUUACCUUCAGGACUUCAAAAUCUCACGAAACUUAACCACCUCGAUCUCUCAAACUGUAACAUCAAAGGAAACAUAAAACCCAUUUCCCAUCUCACCUCACUCUCUUCCUUAAACCUCUCAAACAAUACCUUAAACGGCACUUUCCCUUCUGACUUUCCACCUCUCAACAACCUUACAUUCCUCAACAUCUCAAACAACAACUUCAAAUCUUCAUCUCCAUUAUACAAACUAAUCAAAAGAUUCGGAAAAUCAUCAUUCAUUCACGCAGGUAACAAUUUCGAUUCCAACAACAACCUCAACGCAUCCAAAACACCAAACAUUCAUUCAAAAUCAAACCUACCACACUACCACCACCACCAACAACAACAACAACUCCACUUGAAAAAAACCAAACAAAAACACAAACACAAGUCAAAAUCAAAAACCAAGAUUAUUAUUAUCGCAACAGUUUCCUCAGUUUCAACAUUCAUUCUUGUCGUAUUAUCCAUAUUAGCAAUCUUCGGUUACAGAAAGAAAAAACAACAAGCAAAAAAGAACAAAUGGGCAAUCUCAAUUUCAAAACCAGUGAUGGGAUUAACAACAACCCUCAAAUCAGGACCGUUCGAGUUUGAAACCGAAUCCGGAACAUCAUGGGUGGCUGAUCUGAAAGAACCAUCUUCUGCAGCAGUUGUAAUGUUUGAGAAACCAUUGAUGAACAUUACGUUCGUUGAUCUCAUGACUGCCACGUCAUACUUUGGAAAAGAUUCACAGCUUGCUGAAGGUAGAUGUGGGCCCGUUUACCGUGCGGUUUUACCUGGUGACAUACACGUGGCAAUCAAGGUUCUUGAAAAUGCGAGAGACGUUGAUCAUGAUGACUCUGUUGCAACUUUCGUUGACUUGUCUCAGCUUAAACAUCCCAAUCUUUUGCCUCUCUCUGGUUACUGUAUUGCAGGGAAGGAAAAGCUUGUUUUGUAUGAGUUUAUGUCAAACGGAGAUUUAGGCCGGUGGCUACACGAAUUACCGACGGGAGAGACUAACGUGGAGGAUUGGAGCACCGAUACGUGGGAGAUUCAAAACGGCGUCGGUUCACGAACUUCUUCGCCGGAGAAAAUGGGAUGGCCAACGCGACACCGUAUCGCUAUAGGUGUCGCGCGCGGUCUAGCUUUCCUCCACCAUGCAGGGUCAAAGCCCGUCGUCCACGGGCAUCUAGUAACAUCAAACGUCCUUCUCGCCGAUGACUUCGAGCCACGGAUAGCCGAUUUCGGGUUUAGGAAAUUCGGACAACAAUGUCCUCCGAAUUGUUGCACUGAGACGGAUGUUUAUUGCUUCGGUGUCGUGCUUAUGGAGCUUCUAACAGGGAAGCCUGGUACGGCGGAGACGGUUGUUUGGGUGAGGAAGCUUGUGAGAGAGGGGCAUGGAGUGAGGGCACUUGAUGAUAGGAUUAAACUCGGUGGUGGUGACUCAGAGAGUCAAAUGGUGGAGAGUCUCCGAGUUGCGUAUCUUUGUACCGCUGAGUCGCCGGGGAAGAGGCCUACAAUGCAGCAAGUUUUGGGGCUUCUCAAAGAUAUUCAUCCUAGAGCUAGACUCGACUGAGUUGACUCAUCUGCUGACUCAGUUUUGUAUUUUGUUUUAAAUUUUGAGUCAAAGCUCACAAUGACUCGACUCGUAGAUGAGGUAGAAGUGUAUAUUUUGAAUCUGCGGUAAAAUUGAUCGGAAUUUAGUUUUUGUUAAAGUUAAUCAAUAUGAGUAUGAUUCUUGACCAUCUCACCGCAAAUUCAAACAAAUAUGCAUGUAUCAUUGGUUUUGUAUUGGACCAUGUUUUUUGUUUGGGUUUUGUAAAACAUUUAUGAUGAUUAUGAUUGCAAUGUACAUACAAAAAGUUUAGGAAAAACAAGUGAAAAAUGAAGAUAUGAAAAAAGUGGAUGAAGUGGGUAGGAACUAGAAGUGAAAAGCUUGAAAAGUGUUAUGGGAGUGUUGUGUAUUUUUUUUGGUGAGCAUGCAAAGAGUAGAGAGAUUCCCACUUAUUAUUACUUGUCUCUUCUAAGUGGGGCUUGCAUCAUUUUACUCACUUUCUUUUUCUUUCUUAUAUAUUUUUGUAUUAUUAUGUUCUUUUUUUAUCCUUUUGAUUUUGUCUUACUCUCUUUCA